AUGAGCCAUCGCUCCACUCCCAUCACAUCCAAUUUCAACCAACCUCUUCGCGCGUUGUCAGAGCGAUUCCCCGAAGAGCACCAGGAACUCGCGACAAUGCUUAUCCCCAAGGAAGACCGCAAGAAGAUCCACGAGUACCUCUUCCGUGAGGGUGUGCUCGUGGCUAAGAAGGACUUCAACCUUCCCAAGCACGGCGAAAUUGACACCAAGAACCUCUACGUGAUCAAGGCCUGCCAGUCCCUCAACUCCCGCGGCUACAUCAAGACCCAGUUCUCGUGGCAGUACUACUACUACACCCUCACCCCCGAGGGUCUUGACUACCUCCGUGAAUGGCUCCACCUCCCCGCUGAGGUUGUCCCUGCCACCCACAUCAAGCAGCAGCGUUCCCACGCUCCCCCCCGUGGCAUGCUCGGCGGUGAGGAGCGCGAGCGUCGUCCCCGUCCUCCUCGUGAGGGUGGCUACAGACGCCGUGAGGAAGGCAAGGAGGGCGGUGCCCCCGGCGAGUUCGCUCCUAACUUCCGUGGUGGCUUCGGCCGUGGCCGUGGUGCCCCUCCUUCGUAA